CUAUAUUAAAAGCACAGGUGCCCGGUAAACGUUAAUCUGUUUUUAUUAAAAGAGAUAAAUAAAAAAAUACUUUCCACCCCGUGCCCCACUCCCCCGUCUCGCAGUUCCCCGGAUCUUCUUAUUGGCAUUAUCUAUAGAUUCACUUAUUUGUAUUUAAGGAUGUCAGGCACAGCAGUGGCCGCCGGUGUUGAGAAGCCCAGCAAGGACUUAAAAGCAAAAGAGAAGGAAGUUGUAGAAGAAGCAGAAAAUGGAAAGGACAAGCCUACCAAUGGAAAUGCAGAAAAUGAGGAAAAUGGUGAGCAAGAGAAUGAAGGUGAUGAAGAAGAAGAGGUAGAUGAGGAAGAUGAAGAGGAUGAAGUAGAAGGAGAUGAUGAUGAUGAAGACGACGAAGUAGAGGGAGCCACUGGCAAGAGAGCAGCAGAAGAUGAUGAGGAUGAUGAUGAUGAUGUUGAAACAAAGAAGCAGAAAACAGAUGAAGACGACUAGAGUGGGGAAUUGUCCCUGUCUCAAAAUAAAGUCUAUAUAUAACCUUACCCCCACCGCCUGCCCUCAACUCUCAAAUAUGGGUCACAGAAAAGUAGUUCUUCCGUCCCGACCCCUCAUGCAGCCUCUUUGGCCCCCCAUCCUCCGUCCACAAAUGACACCACCUCCAAAGGUGCCAGUCACAGUGCCCACAAGGCUUUGUUUUUGUUUAAAUUUUUUUACUUUCUGCAACAACCUGUGGGUCACUUCAGCCAGGGUUUAGCCCUGCACUGCCAGUAUAGAAUGCACUCAUUUGCUUUCCUUUCCAGUCAUAAUGUUUUGGGUGGGGUGGAAUUGUUCAUUAAAAUUCUAGAGGGGUUAUUUUGCUUUUUUCCUUUUUAUAAAAACUGGGAAAACAAACGCCUUGGAAGGGGUCCUCUGUUUGUAUUUUUUAUUUACAUUUUAUAUUUUUGUACAUAUUGGUAUACAACUGUCCUUUUCUGUACUGGGGAUCUGACUGCCAGGGUGUUGGGGGGGCUUUUAAAUUAAUAUUUUUUUUGUCCCCCCCCCCCUCCUUUUUGAUAAUUGUUCCCAUGGCUAUAUAUAUGGAGGAAAAAAAACCUUGCAUUUUUUAACCCCCUUUUCUGGGUUGGGGGGAAGGGCGGUGGGAGGUGUGGAGGUGAGAGCUGUCUCUUCUCCAAAUGGCAAAAUCUUUACAAAAAAAGCAAAAAUUGUUAUAAAAAAAACUUAAAAUAAAUAAGACAAAACCCCCAAUAUAAAAUUCUGAUCAUUCCAGUAACUUUUUGAACAUAUUUUUAGCUGUACUUUAGAUGAGUUUGGAUGAGAAUGGCCAAAGAUUUUUCUUUUGUUUUUGUCUAUGAAAUUGCUUUUUUUUUGUUUUGUUUGGCCUGAUUGGAUGUGUGUGGCAGUAUUGUCAAUAAAACUGCAAUUUUAAUUUGCAGGCUUUCCUUUUGUUCUAACUA